GUGUGGCUUUUGACCUCUGGGUAAAAACAAGCCGAUCAGCUGGCGUAAAAGCAACAACAACAUCCUCAGAGGUCUGAAAGUAAAGGCUAAACCCGUUAACUUUCUCGCCAGCGUUGGUUAUAAGAGGCAGAGGGUGGUAGAAUGUUGGACUGUAGACGUCGCCUGGUUUAAAUUGUGUUUACUUCAGGGAGCUGUUCAGUUAGCGAGUCAGUCGUCGUCUGUCGGACUGGUAGCCGCAGCUACUGUAGGUUGGUCUGUUGAAAUAAGCGUUGUUUGCUUCUUCAGAAGCAGAUCUCUGUUUUUAAAUUAUUAGCUAAUGUUUGUUUAACACUGCGUUUCAUUGAGUAAUUAAUGGGAGUGAUGACGAGCAUACAGAGCUGCCUUUAAAUAGCAACUUAGCAUCGUCAGCAGAGCUGAAACACUCCUAAAAAAGACUAGAGAUGCAGGGCAGCUAAUGCUAGCUAGCAGAUUGAUGUGCCACAUCAUAAAAUAACUAUACAUGUUUACUAAUAGUAAACAGUACGAAGUUGUUUAGCUGGAAAGUUAUAUAGUAAAAUUGAACAGUAUUUGAUUUGAUUUUGAUUUCUUAGAUGAGUUAAGAAAAACUGAUGACUUGUGUCAUAACUUUUUGUGCACUAGCAAUUUUUGAUGUUUACAUUAGGACAUAAAGUCAUAGUUUUUCCUCAGCAACAACAAAAGUAUCCUCCUUAACUUGUCAGUUUUGAUAUGAGUGGUCAAGGUCCAGUUGUAGAUAAAGGAAUGAACACCAUCUUGGUCUGUCAGGAGAGCUACUCUUGUGGAGGUUCAGAUGAGGCUGCAUUUGAAUGUGAUGAGUGUGGUAGCUUGCAAUGCACCCGCUGUGAACUUGAGCUCCAUCGCCAGGAGCGCAUGAGGAAUCACGACCGGGUUCGAAUUGUACCGGGUCACGUUCCUUUCUGCGACUCGUGUAAAGGUGACAGCAGCUGCUCUGUCAGCGGCGGACGGCUCAGAGCGGUGGUCCGCUGCCAGGGUUGUAAGAUCAACUUGUGUUCGGACUGCCAGAAGCGCACCCACAGUGGAGCCAACAAAAGGAAGCACCCUCUGAUGCUUUAUCCUCCUGCCAAUGCUUCCCAGGAUAACAGUGUGUCUUCUGGGGACUCUGCAAUGGAGAUUUUCAGAGCCAAACUGGAGAAGGUGUGCAGCUUCCUUUUGGUGGACGAGAAGGAGGAAAUGCAGAUAAAAAGCGAGGAGGAGUUUGUCAGCAGACUGGACUGCAGGCCCGAUCAGCUCCUUAAGGUGGUGUCCGUCUUUGGAAACACUGGAGAGGGGAAGUCCCACACCUUAAACCAUACUUUCUUCCUUGGGAGAGAAGUGUUCAAAACAUCACCAACCCAGGAGUCUUGCACUGUGGGUGUUUGGGCAGCUAUGGAUCCUUUGCACUGUGUAGUAGUCAUUGACACAGAGGGAUUACUUGGUGCUGGAGCUAACCAGGGUCAGCGAACACGGCUGCUCCUAAAAGUCCUAGCCAUCUCUGAUGUUGUCAUCUACCGAACCCAUGCUGACCGACUCCACGAUGAUCUCUUUAAGUUUCUUGGUGAUGCAUCAGAAGCCUACAUGAAACAUUUUACUAAGGAAUUAAAAGCCACAACCACCCGCUGUGGCCUGGAUGUCCCAUUGUCUACCCUUGGCCCUGCAGUGAUCAUCUUCCAUGAGACCGUCCACACCAAGCUCCUAGGAUCAGAUAAACCAUCUGAAUCGGCGGAGCGUCUGCUCCAAGAGCGAUUCAGGAAACUGGGUAUAUUUCCUGACGCAUUCAGCUCCAUCCAGUACCGUGGAACUCGGACCUACAACCCGCCCACUGACUUCAGUGGCCUUCUGCGUAGCCUGGAGCAACAGUUGGACAACAACACCACACGUUCACCACGUUCAGCUAGUGUCAUAUACAAGGCUCUUCAGGCCCUUAGUGAGCGUUUCAGUGGGGAGAUUCCAGACGAGCACAUGACCAGUAACUCAUUUUUUCCAGAUGAAUACUUUACCUGCUCUAGCAUCUGUCUCAGUUGUGGUUCGGGCUGUAAGAAAAGCAUGAAUCACCUAAAGGAAGGACUUGACCACGAAGCCAAACAUCGGUGCCGCUACUCGGCACAGUAUGACAACCGAAUCUACACUUGCAAGGCCUGCUAUGAAGGAGGGAAGGAGGUAGUAGUUGUUCCCAAAACGACAGCCUCGUCUGACUCACCAUGGUUUGGCCUGGCCAUCUAUGCUUGGUCUGGGUAUGUGAUUGAGUGUCCCAACUGUGCAGUAAUCUACAGAAGCAGACAAUACUGGUAUGGAAACCAGGACCCAGUUGAAACAGUGGUUAGAACAGAGAUCCAGCACAUCUGGCCUGGGUCUGAUGGUUUUCUGAAAGAUAACAACAAUGCUGCUCAGAGGUUGCUGGAUGGAGUCAAAUACAUUUCUCAGUCAGUGUCUGAACUCAGCGUCAAGCCUGCCAAAGCAAUCACAUCCUGGCUUACUGACCAGAUUGCCCCCGCCUACUGGAAACCCAACUCCCUUAUCCUGAAAUGCCAUAAAUGCGGAGAAGAGUUCCAGCCAAACGACGCAAAGCACCACUGUCGUGCUUGUGGAGAUGGUUUUUGCGAUUCCUGCUCCUCAAAAACCAGACCGGUCCCAGAGAGGGGCUGGGGCCUCGAUCCCGUCAGAGUCUGCGACGCAUGCUUCCAUAACAGGGAAAUCCCAACUGAGCUGCUGGACGCUGCCUUGGAGGAGGAGGGAGGGACUUUAAUAGCCAGAAAGGUUGGGGAGGCAGUUCAAAACACUUUAGGGGCUGUAGUUGGUGCCAUUGAUAUACCUCUUGGUCUAGUGAAAGAUGCAGCGCGUCCGACCUACUGGGUCCCAGAUCAGGACAUCCACUCCUGCUGUGAGUGUCAGAGGGAGUUCACGCCGCGUCUGUCCAUCCACCACUGUCGUUCCUGUGGCCAGGGAGUAUGUGACGACUGCUCCCAGGAGCGACGCCCCGUGCCCUCCCGUGGCUGGGAUCACGCGGUGAGGGUCUGCAACGGCUGCAAUCAGAAACCUGGAGACCUCUAGCGGGACAAGAAGCGCCAACAAAGUCUUCAGACUGUCAGAUUUGUUGUUGUUAGCGGCAUUUCUUGGGCGUGAGGCUGGCUGGAUUGUCUGUUAUUACACUGUCCUCAUGUCACUCAAUCCCUGAAUGCUAUCUUGCUGUAAUAUGCCUGUACUUGCACACUGUGACGAAUACCAGUCAGUGUGGGACUUGAAUACGGACAGAUCAGUGGGACGAUCUGAGUGAUCUAGUACAUAAUGCUUGCUUAUCACUAAGUUCAGGUUAUUUCCCACACAACUUGUAGACCUUUUCAAGUUUCUACCCACACAUGACACCCUUCUGUCUUUUAAAAACCCUCCCAGUGUGAUAUACUAGUAAUAUUAGCCUCACCUUUGAAGUCUGGGGCAACAGAAAACACAUAAUGUAUAACUGAACAUCAUAAACUGAUUUCAGGUGAAGACUUUUAUUCUAACAUUGUAAGUGCAGUAGCCCUGGAUAUAAUGUUAAGGAGUAGCUUUAGAAGAAAAGAUAACUAGUUCUUAUCCUUUUCAGACCUACUAGCUUUAGCGCCCUGUCACUCUUUGACUUCAAUAAUCAGAAGCCAUGGAUGUUGUGCAGCACCAAGUUGCAUUACAACAUAGUUACUUAAUAAGUAAGUAUUAAUAAGAAUUUACGUAACCCUUUAAACCUUUGGAUCCUAAUGGUUUGUGCAUUUGAACUGGCUGGUGAUAAGAGCCUUAAUCAAAUCUGUCAACAGUGGUUAUUUGAAUUUUACAUAGAGUAUAAGUGUAUAGGAAAUAUGUUUUCUUUAAUAGGGACAUUUUUAACAGCUGUUUUUAAAAUAUCAGGACUACUGCCAGUUAUAAAGACAAAUCUGACUGCAGUGGGAAGACAAAUAGAAAUGGCUUUGCUAGCGUGGCUGGCUCCCAGUAGCAAACUGGUCCAUGACAGACUUCAUCUUACUGAGGCUGGUUCCUCUAAACAGGAGACGCAAAGAAAGUCCUUCUCUCCGCUGACUCAGGCUGUGUGGCUUGUUGGGAGACGGGACUGACACCAAAAAAAGCAGUGUAUGAUGUCAGGUUUUCUACCAAACACCUAAUUCAUGACAUCUGACUGUACUGGAGGAAAUCCUUUUUUAAGUAAACGACUAGGAGAGUUUGUUCGUUAAUGAUGUCAACAGAGAGCUUAAAUAGAAGACUGACUUGAAUCAAACUAUUGUCAUCUCGGAGAUGAAGGAUGGUAAAAUACAAGUAUCAUCUUUAUGUUCAUGUAUGCUCAUAAGUACACAAUAAAUUACAGAAACUGA